AUGGACUGGCACCCUGUCCAGGGUGUACCCUGCCUUGUGCCCGAUGCUCCCUGGGAUAGACUCCAGGUUCCCUGUGACCCUGAAAAGGAGUAAGCAGUAGACAAUGGAUGGAUGGAUGGAUGGAUAAGUAGAAGAAGAAGAAUACUAACAAUGACAAUAGGUUUCCUCCUGAUGGAGGAAUCCUAAUAAUUAUAAGAAUACUACCAAUAACAUAGGUUUCCGCCUGAAUCCCAAUGAGUUUCUUUCAUGUAGUCUGGCGUUUAUACCAUUGUGAUGUGUUAUGCCCAGACAAUAUAAGAAAGAGUGAAAAGUGGGACAACAUACCCCGCUCUCUACUUUGUUAAUUCGUUACUGUUGAGCUGUUACAAUGGAAACAAUACUUUAUAAGAAUGAUCGUAUUACUGAAACAUCCCGAUUCCGGUGAUGAUGUAGUGCUCUCCUGCAGGUUUGUGAAUUUGACUGUCAGAAUCAGUGAAUGUGUGAAUUUAACACGACCUAAAUAAGACGCUUAAAAUAGUACGUGAUCUUUUCCAGACGUCUUCUAGACAUCUUAGUGUGCUCACUGGGAUUAUUUUAUUUUAUUUUAUUUUUUAACCAAAUAUUUAUUCGUGAAUUGCAAAAAAUAAUUGUGCGUCUCACUUCAUUUAUUUGUGGAUCUAAUUUUAUGUUUGUGGCUCGCCUUCUAUUUAUUUGUGGAAUUCGUGGAAUUAAUUUGAAAGUUAUGCAGUAAAAACACUCCCACAGUGGCAGCACGGUGUUUCCGUAGGACCAUACCUGCCAACAAAACCCUGAGGUUAUAAUUUGCAGUACAGACACGUCACGUCCUGGAUGGGACUCAGACACAGCCUGCAUGUGACCAGGUGUAAGAGGAGUGGAUUCUGCUGGGGGAUGGGUACAACACAUAACGUUUUUCACACUUAACACUCUUCCGCUGCAUUAUUCGGGAGCUCAUCCCUUUAACCUAAUUGUUGUCAUUUUAAUUCUUCAGGUACAUAUUUUAUUAAGAGUGAUAUUAUAUUAUACCAAGCUACUGGAUUUUUUUUGGAGUACGGUCAACUUUGAGGCUCUACCAUAAACACAUUACACCUAUUCACUAGCUGCUUUAUAAACUGGAUCAUAACUGACUUGCUUGGUCUCACAGUGUUUCUGCUGUUUUCCUUGGCUGUCCUGUUCAGGAUUUAUACGACAAUACCUGGAAACACUCUAAUGGCUGACUGCCCUCAAUUCUGCCAAAUUCUUGCCAGAGUCUUCUCUACGAGAUCUCAGCCAUGAUGGGAUACAGGACAAAAUUUGUGGUCAUCUUUAUUUUGUUGGCACUAUCAGGGUUUAUGUUGCUUAUCUCCAACAUCAAAUCUCUGGAGAAUUUGAGAGGGCAGGUCAUUUUCACCAUCAGUGAAAUCCAGAAGAGCGUCCAUUCAGUCUUUCAGCCCACUGAAAUCUUGUUGCCACUGGAGGUAAACCACACAUACUGUGCACACCUUGGCCAGGAGCUCACAGCAGAAGAGGCCAAAGAAGAGAGAUCUCUGCUCAAUUCCAUUGCAUGGCCUGGUCCCUUAGUGCAAGGCCUUCCUGUGGAGUUCAGCAGCGACCCUGCCAAGAGCUACUUUGUGAUUCAGGGCCCAGCAGAGCAACAUGUAGGUGGUCAGCUUGUGGUUGAAGUCCAUGUGCAGAACUUCCUAGGUCUGCCUAAGAAGCAUGGUGGAGAUUUCCUGAUAGCCCGGCUGCAUUCACCCAAGCUUGGCGCUGGGGUUGCAGGGAAGGUGCAUGACCACAAAGACGGGAACUAUACAGUGCUGUUCCCACUACUGUGGGCUGGUGUAGUGCAAGUGGAAAUCACAAUGGUGCACCCCAGUGAGGCAGUCGCGGUGCUCAAGAGAUUUCAGAAAGAACAACCUGACCGAGUGUUUUUUAAAAGCCAGUUCCGCUCUGGUGCCCUUUCAGACUCCACUGAGUGCAAUGUGUGCCUGCCGCUCAACCAAAAGCCAUUCUGCAACUACACUGACCCUUUAACUGGAGAGCCCUGGUACUGCUACAAACCCAAAAUUCUAGGCUGUGACACACGAAUACAACAUCAUAUAGGAGGAUAUAGGACCGACGGCAUUACGGAAUAUGAUGAAAUGUUCUUCCAGAGGGGUGUAAAUCUCAAAGUUCGUAUACCUGCAUCAGUGACGGACCAAGUGACUGUAUUACCUGAAGCACCAGGACAAAUUAAAUUAAAUUACACUGCUGCUGGAUAUUACUAUCAUGAUACCUGGAGGCCUUUGAAUGGUGCAGUAAUGCGCGAGUUUCCUGAUUCAGCAGCCAUAACACAGUGUCUUAGAGGGAAGAUUCUAUACAUGUUUGGAGAUUCCACUGUGCGGCAGUGGUUUGAGUACCUCACUGCAUUUGUUCCUGAGUUCAACACUCACAGCCCUAAAAGAGUGGGGCCAUUCAUGGCUGUGGACUUCAGAAACAACAUACUGAUGCACUUCCGUCUUCAUGGGCCACCCAUCCGCUGCAACCCUGUUUUCACUUCAAAGCUGCGGUACGUAGCGAAUGAGCUGGACAGGAUCCAGGGUGGGCCAGAUACAGUGGUUUUCGUGAGUGUGUGGGCUCACUUUAACAAUUUUCCUAUUGAGAUGUAUAUACGCCGCCUCAGGCACAUCCGGAAAGCAUUGGUUCGUCUGCUGAACCGUGAGCCAGAUACUUUGGUGGUGAUUCGUACUCCCAACCUGCACAGUAUAACCCCAAAUAAAGGUCUGUACGGCAGUGAAUGGUACUAUCUACAGAUUGAUGCUGUGCUGCGUGCCAUGUUCCGAGGACUCAAUGUGCAGCUGCUGGAUGCCUGGGAGAUGACGCUGGCCCACCACCUCCCACAUGACAUGCACCCACCUCCCAUCAUCAUCAAAAAUGCUAUGAACUUGAUCCUCUCCCACAUCUGUGGGGACGGGAAAAAUAGUUAAUAAAAAGGCUAACAUUUUCCAAUUGUAAUGAUAAAGUAGGUGGAGCUCUAGGGCUAAAUCAGUUGACACUCUUGAGAAUGAAAAAAAUCUUGCUUUAGAGAUGCUUCACACAUCA